AUGACCAGUUCAAAUCCAGGAGACAGCCGAUACUUUGAGAUAACAACAAACCGAAAUAGAGUAUACUUCUUGUUUGCCGAUGAUGUAACAUUCUGCGCAAAUUGGAUAAGAGUAUUGAGAUCGGUCAAGGAUGCUUAUGUCGAGAGGAAGCGCGGCCUCGCCCCCAUUCAAUCACCGCCGACAUCACCAAAGAUACAACCUACAGCAGCCACAGUUGUACUCAACUAUUAUAACAACAACAAUGCUGGCAACAACAGCGUCAAUGAGAGGAGUAGCGUUGGUAGCAACAGCAGUAGCGGCAGCCAGAACUAUAGUAGUCGCGGCCCACAUGGUAGCUCCUUUGACGACUCGAAUCAGUCACACGCGCACACACAAUUCCUGCGAUCGAGCAGAGACUCGUCGUCGUCCGAUCAUCACCCUCUCAAUCAGUCACUCAACCAGUCUGCCCAGCACGUCCAGGCCGUGCAGGCCUUUUCACAUUAUGAUGCGCUGGGCACGCCGAUUCAUUGCCUGGCACCAGUCGACUACUCAAUGUACAUUCCACCACGUCCAGAGGGUGCGCUGAGGUCACUCGAUGCCGACACUGUCAAGUCGUUCAUCCCGUCAGAGGGCAGAGACCUGGAGAUAUAUUACCGGGCUACCACCACACUGGCCAGCAUACUGACUAGCAAGCAGUCUGAUGGCGAGCAUCACCUCCUCUCCACAUACUUCAUCCUGGCCACACUUCAUUGGGACAAUCAACAGACUCAGCCCUUGUUACCAUUCGUGUCCAGUUAUGACAGCGACAUCAUCUAUCCCUACUUUAUGUACACUAUUCACUUACUUAGAACUGAGAUAUUGAACAAAUGGUCAACUGAUGGUACAAAGUACGUUGCACAGAUUGAUGAAGUUGUUAGACAGAAGCGAGUUGGAUACUUGACGAUGAUGGAUAAUGAGGAUCGCCAGACAUUCUUGAAUAGGAACUUGGUACUACUGGACUAUGUGGUCAGACAUUCAAUCACUGGCAGAGGACAACCACGUAUAGAGGACGCGUUACUCAUGCUCAUUGAUCGAUGCCUUGAAUGCUACGAAGCAUUGCCAUCAAUCAAACAUACAGCAUUCCUAUUGAAUGAGAUUGAAUCACAUUCAAGCAAUGCCGAGCUAUCAAGUGAGACCAAGUCAUUGCUGCGAUCAUUCAUUCACUCUUACCUAUUGUAUCAGAAACUUCACCUUGAGAACAAGAGUAACGGCAUGGAGCAGUUCAUGACGUCCUUCUCUCAGUCACUGGAUGUCGUUGGCCAGUCAUUUGCCGCGAUCAUCCAACAACAUCCAUCUCUUACGCCCUAUGCAACGAGCAUCCAACGAACAAUGGUCAAGAUAUUCCAUCUAUGGAGCAGAGACUUGCCUCUCUGUGAAAUCAACAGCCACCYUUCGAGACAACAGUAUAUCGAAACUACAAAGUCUUUGUUUAGAAUAUUACACAGCACAGACCAGAACGCCUUUGGCCAACUUGCCAGUUCAAUCAACGAUGUAAAGGAAUCACUAUUCAAGGUAAUCGAACAGGAUGUUGGAGAGUUUGAUAUUAGUAGAGUGAACACUAGCGUGUUGGAUUCAUUGUCAGAGGCU